CUGCAAAUCUGGAAGGUGUGCAGUGCGAGUGUUGCCAAGAAAAGUUGCUAAUCCCAGUUAAAAGUACCACCUAAAUAAGAGUUACCGUCUAUGAGCGAGUAGGCCAAUGUAAAAUUAAUUUUUACUAGCUAGUCGGCUUGGCCCUGUAGUUCACAACAAUUGAGCCUUGCCAGAAGCUAUAAGUUAGAAAAUGAGAUCAUUGAAAGGUUUCCUACAGAAAAACUGGAAUACUAUCUUACCAGUAAGAGAGGAAAAAUAUACUCAAAAUGGUGUAACUCAAAAGGUUCCUUCAAAAAAUCGGUGGAAAGGCAUAUUUUACCAACAACAUUGUCGAAAACCAAAGUUAAAAAAUUAACUAACCGACUGAUGAAAGAAUUUGUUCCAGAAGAAGAUGCUGAAGUCUGCAUCAGAGCACUUAAAUUUGACAAUCUUUCUACGGAAGAUUUUGAUAGCUAUUGGAAGGCAUGCCGCCAAUUUCGCAUGGCGGAUAUAAAGAAAAUGGAAAGUACGACCGCGAUUUUUGACAAAUGGCUCUUUUACAAGAUUCCUUCUGGCUUUAGACUGAAUGAUAUGGACUUUGACGCGCUGCAUCCUAAUGGAGAUGCUCUUUUGUCAACAUGGGAAACAAAAAGAGAUGCUAUAGUGAAUUUUUUGUCCAAUGAUAAUGUCAAAGACAAAAACAUCAAGUGUUCUUUGGAAUAUAUAAAGAAUAAUGAAGUUUCAGAAAACAGUCUUAAUGCUACGAUACUUUGGCCGCUUCAUGGGUACUUAGUUCCGACGUCUAGGACCGUGUGCAAAGACAAAGCAGGAAAAAAUAGUGUCAUAAAAUAUACCAUCAAAGAUUCCCAAGAAGCAUUUGUAUUACAGCGAAAGUCGCAUCAAGAUUUGGACGAUCACUUGUUACAUCAUUUGGCCAAUCGGAAAACAACCAUACAGCCGCUUCUUCUGCUAGUGUAUGUUGAUAGUGUGAAAUAUUCAUUUACGAAUUUCUUAAGAGCAGUAGAUAGUUGCUUUAAAAUAUUUUAUGUGUUUUACCUAAAAUUUCCCGAUGCUGCAAUGAACUUUUGGUCUUUUAUAGAAACAUAUUUUUGUCAAUUAAGUUCACGCCAUUCAAAUUCAAAAAUUCAUGUUUUAUGUAACACUCUACAGGGUGUCAAAUUUAGAAAAAAAAAAUUUUUUUUCCUAAAAACUUUUCAACUCGGCAGUCUUACGUUAGGUAAACGUAAGGCCGACAGGAUACUUUGUGACGAAAAUUUAACUUUAACAUUCUUAAUUAAUUAAAAAAAAAUGUAAAAUGUUGGAUUAUAAUAUUACAUUAUAUUACAUUUAUAACA